AUGCUUGAUCCUCUCUUAGCCCUUAGUCUCGCGGCGACUAUAUUUCAGUUUGUGGACUUUGUUUCAAAGGUCAUCUCCACUGCUACCGAGUUGCAUCACUCCUCCGAGGGAGCCUUGGCCAAAAACCUCGAACUCUCAACGAUUAUCUCGGAUCUCAGUUCUAUCGGCAGUGAUUUGAGUGCACGGAGCUCUGCCCAAGGGAAGCAUAGCUACAACAAGGACGAGCUAGCGCUUAUUGGUCUUGCUUCACAAUGCAAGGAACUAUCAGACAAGCUUUUGCAUGACCUUGAUGGGUUGAAUAUCAAAAAAGCACAUACGAAGUGGGCAAGUGCUCGUCAAGCAAUGCGAAGCUUGUGGAAGGAAGCUUACAUUUCCGAGAUCUCGAAACGACUGGAUGGUUUUCGAAAUCAAUUGGUACUUAGACUUGUAGCCUUUUUGGCUGAUAAGCAUUCUGCUAUGAGUAUAGCACUCAUAGGAUUACAACGUAGCCAAGAUCGCACAGAAUCAAACAUCAUGGGUUAUCUUUCAGGGUUAAGAGAUGAUUUAUCUACUCUGUCUCAAGAUAAUCGCAAUCAUGAACGGACCAAGGCUGUAUUAUGGAACAAACUAUCCCAUCAUAUCGGAAACGGCAAUACACUUGCUACUGUGCGAGCAGUCCUUGAGAAAUUCAAAUACGAAGGAAUGGGUCGACGAAUCUCCAACGUUGUUGAAGCUCAUAACGGCACCUUCGAUUGGAUAUUUGACCCUCAAACGACCGGAUUUUUGCAAUGGCUCCGUGAUGGUAGUGAUAUAUAUUGGAUCAAUGGAAACGCUGGUUCUGGCAAAUCUACACUCAUGAAGUACUUAGUGGGCAACGAUAUUGUGAAAACCGCGCUGCUGGAUUGGGCUGGCACAAAACCUCUUUUCAUGGGCAAUUAUUUCUUUUGGUAUGCUGGGAAUGAAUUGGAGAAAUCUCAAAAAGGCCUUCUACUAUCUCUACUUUACGACAUCUUGGGAAAAUGUCCCUCGGUAUUGCCAAAACUGUUUCCAGAUAGAUGGGCAUCGCCUCACCACUCAGGUAUCAAUAUGGAUGGCUCUUGGUCGCGAAAUGAGCUUCUUGACGCAUUAGAAAAACUUACCAAGAAACAGUUAUGGCCAGGCAGGUUUGUUUUCUUCAUUGAUGGUGUGGAUGAGUACAUGGGAGAUCCGGCAGAGAUUGCACGCCUUUUGAAAGCAUUUGCAACAUCCGCAGAUGUUAAACUUAUCGUCUCGAGUCGCCCUUGGAUCGAAAUCGAGACGUUCAUUGACCCAAUUCCUGGCCAAUCGCUGCCCUUACAAUACUUUACCCGAGCUGACAUUCAACGUUAUACUUGUGACUUAAUCACUAACCAUCCUGAUUUUCGCAUCAUAAAAAUAGACAAAUGUUAUUGGAAUCUUAUCGAGCAAAUAUCCAGCAAAUCUAGUGGUGUUUUUCUCUGGGUUGUCCUAGCUGUCAGGGAGAUACUGAAAGGGUUGACAAAUCAAGAUACAAUUUCUGAACUGGAAGCUAGAUUGGAAGAUAUUCCACCUGGGCUAGAAGAAGUCUUUGAUCAAAUACUCAAUACCAUCGAGAAAUGUUAUCGCCACCAAACAUCACAAAUUAUUCAAAUGUGUCUAACCUCUCCAACCAAAGGAAUGUGGCCGGUCAUAACCUUUGCAUUUUUAGAUGAGGAAAAGAACAAUCCUGACUAUGCAUUACUCGCAAAGUUGAACCCAUGGCCAGUAGAUCACUACAACAGAGAGCAAUAUAUCACAAGAAAACGAGUUGUAGCUCGAUGUCGUGACUUCAUGGAUUUCACUGGCUUCUGGACCUGCUCACCAUUGCCUCAGGUUUUUACUAUGUUUCUGCACAGAACGGUGGAGGAAUUAUUUCUGCGGCCUGCCAUGCAAAAGCUUUUGUUGGAGUGGACAAAACAUCCAUUUAAUCCCCAUUUAUCACUGUGUCGCUCAUUUAUCAUGCAAUUAAAAGUCUUCCCGCCGGCCGCAGAAACUACAUUACACUCGGCACACCCUAGUCAUUGUGAUAAUCAGCUAAGGUCAAUAAUAUCGAGCUUUUUACGUCAUGUCAAGAAGCAGGAUCUUUGCUAUAAUACAACGUUAUCAGCACUGAUCGAAAAGGUUGAUCAAAUCGUGACUUGUCGGUCCAGCAGCAACGAUUUCAAGAUUUUAUUGAUGAUGGGUUACCAAAGACGCUGGAAACGGGGCUGGAUUCUGGCCUUGUGCGUGCGGCACCGCAUCAUUGAAUAUGCUCGGCAGAAGCUCCAAGAUAACUCGACUUUGGCAAACAACCUUGACGGGUGCUAUCCCCUCCAUAUCGCCUUGAGUCGAAAUGCCGUCUCAAGUUUUGACGAUCCAUAUGACGCAGAUGAUAGGGUGACAAUGGUCAAGGUACUUUUAGAAGCCGGAGCUGAUCCGAAUCAACCUUAUAUGAUGCCGUUCGACCCCAUGCGAGACACGACUCUUGAUCCACUGUCUCAGAUGGAGGAAAACCUAAUCAACGGAACAUGGGCUGCAUUUAUAAAACUCUGGUUUGAGAAACAAAUUGAGUUUGGAAUUCAUGUUAGUAGCAAGAUUCGGACUGAAAUAUUUAGAUUGCUACUUAAUUAUGGCGCUGACCUUUCGGUUAAAAUUAUUGUUCGGCAAGAAGAGAGGGGCGUGACAAAAUCACUUGUACACUACAGCCUAUCUGAAUAUCUUGAGAAAGCACUUCCCGAUUCAGCUGAAUGCUACAGCCUCCUUCUCGAACGAAUAAAGGAAAAUGAAUCAAGAAAUAAAAGGUGCGAAAUGCAAAGGUGGCGAAUUAAUCUACUGCGUGCUUUGGGGUACAUAUCACGGGCCGAGACUGAGAUAAUAGAUCUGAUUUUGAUGAAUCUUAUCGUUAUUUGUCUGGAGAUACUUCAAAGAUAUGUCUAA